CUUAUAGGCGCCAUUGUACCAUAACAACGGUUAUCGCUGCUCGUAAGAUCCGUCACGAAAAUUUUUAAUAUCCUAUUAAACGUGAAAUAUAUAGCUUGGGAGCAAUGGAUAAAAUGUAGUUUUAUGAUUAGAUAUUCGACAAAAAACAGUGUAUUACAUUUUCCUUAAAAACUCGUCACUCGGGAUAUGGGCAGGGUUCAUUCCCAUACAGUUACGCCACUCACACUAAUGGAUUUAAGUUUAUUCUUGUACAGUCACCCCUUUCACAUCCAAGGGAGUGAAGUUCAUUCCCAUGCAGGUGACGAAUUGACAACAAGCGGUGCUGCCUCACCAUGCGAAUUCCGAAUGACAGAGCCGUAUAUGACUGUAUAUGAGCGCCAACCGGAAGAAUAGCGCCGGAGGAAAUAACAUCCUAUUUACAAUGAUUUUACCCUAUGGGUUUCUAAAUAAAUUACUUCGGGCUAAAAUAACACAAGCGAUCUAACAGCAUUUCACUUUUUAUACAAAAAAGACCAAAUGGAAGGUAGCGGUGUUUGCAGUUGUGUUGUUUACAUUGAGGGAGCAGCUGCGCAGCAUGACUGACGAACACGACCAGAGCUCGGCCCGAUGCGGGGAGCGAUUGUUUUAGCCUGCUUUAACUAAACGUGUGUAAGCAGACGUGGAGCCGUAAGGAGUGCAGUGGUGGGCGUUCAUUACAGUCAAAACUCAGUUUUACUGGCGCUGCAAGGCAGACAGUAUAGAGUACGGAGGUGUCUGGUUUCUGGAAACGCGUUAAUUUCUGUCUGCCUGGAGGAGUCUGCUGUCCCUGCUGUGUUCAUCUCCAGUAUUUAUAGGAAUGUGACAGAUAGAGCAAUGCUCGUGUACUCCAAGGUUACGGUGCAAAGGUUACAGUAUUACCAGUGUUUCUAUGCCUGUCACGCUUUAAUCUGACCUCGUGAUUCAAACCGUGGCUGAAUACCAGCAUUUUUCAGAAGUUCAAAGGUGUAAACAGUCCAGCGAAGUCUAUCGCCGCAUUCCCAUCCAGGAAAAACUGCUGUCGUCCGUGCUGUCCGUGCCCCGUCGGUGGACCACGUUGCUGGUGAGAAACCUGCACUGAUUUCCUCAGAGCAGCUCAAUCACCUGUAGAUGCGGGAGGGGACGGGAUGUCUAUGAUCUCCUUUCUGCGCCGUGCCUUUAGGCUGUGUGGCAUUCCCGCUAUGACUCCGAUGUUCCAGCAGAGGGCGUUCUCCGGGGCGGAUGCCAUCAAUGCACUGCGGCCUUUUUACUUCGCCGUGCACCCAGAUUUUUUUGGUCAGCACCCCAGGGAACGGGAAGUGAACGAAAACUCGCUCAAACGGCUCAAUGGCUAUUUGGAAAAUCUGGAGAAACCCGGUUCCCGCUCGCAGAAACCUGCCAAGCUGACGUUCUACGUUAGAGACACAUCAGACAAUAAGAACGAUUCACGUGCGGCAGACAGCCCCAGCUUUCGCUCCGUGAGCUUCACCCUGCACACCAAGGAUGUCCUGAGCACCGUUGUGGACGUGCUGAGGUUCUGCAGCUUGUCCGUGGAGCACCUUGAGGAGCUAAAAUCCUGCUCGGAGCAGGCCAAGUCCUACCCCAAGGCUGGAGAGCAAUUCUACAGGCCCAUUAAGUGGGAUAAGAGCUACUAUAUCUUCACGGGCUUCCGGGACCCAGAGCAGGAGCUGGAACAGGCCAAGAGGGUGGAGACCAAGCUGAGCACGUGGCUGAGGAACAACGAGGCGGCGGCUGCGAGGAAACAGGAGGACAGCGAGCCGCGGCGGGAGGAGCUGCAAAGGCUGCGGGAGGCGCUGUGCCGGAAGCUGGGCCUCACCGACAUCAGGUGGCAGCGAAGUUGGGGAGUCGCUCACAGAUGCUGCCAGUUGCAGAGUUUAAGUCGCCUGUCACAGCAAAGUCCUGACUCGCUGCAUAACCUACAAGGACACACACUUGUAUUUGCUGACCAAUCAGGGAUGAACGCUUCUGGACAUGUGAUGCUGGGAACCAUGGACGUCCAUCACCAAUGGUCAAAACUCUUUCAGCGGUUGCCCAGCUACGAGGCUGUCCUGCAGCAGGCCGACUGGCUGAAGGACAGGAUCAGCCUGCUGAUGGGCGGCAUCCAGGUGGUCCACAUCGAGAGGCUCGGACCCGUGCUGCCCCUGCAAGACCACUACAGCACCCUCAGCACCUUCCACAAGCGGCUACUGCCUCAGCGACCAGCCCUGCACCCCCGCAGCCUACAGGGCCUCACCAUGACACUUGAGAAUGACUGCUCCAGUCCCCGGCUGCACGAGCUGGGCCAUUUCAUCAUCCCCACGGUAUGUGACACUGAUGAGCUGCCGGUCUUCCUCCUCAGCCGAGCCCAGGAAGCCCGGAGACUCGUCCAGGACAGAGAGCAGCUGGAGGCGGAGGAGCGGGACAUGGUCCAGCGAUGCCUGGGCUCACUGUCGCUGCGCAGUCUCCGCAAGGAGCCGAGCGUUAGCAGCAGACGCAUGAUCCCCUGCUGCCUGCGGCUGAUGGAGCAGCGGCUGCCCCAGCUGCAGGGUCUGCGUGUCUGCAUAUCUCACUUCUACUCCGUCAUGCAGGACGGGGACCUCUGCAUCCCUUGGGAUUGGAGGGGCUGAGGGGGGCCCCCAGAGACUGGAGGGGCCAGUCGUUUAAGGAUGCUCUUAGAAGAGGUUCAUAGGAAGCUAAACCAGCAGUGUUUCCAUGGUGACACUGUCCUGUCGCCUCUCUGUAUUCAGGAUGGACGUACAGCCUUGGCUGGAUGCAGGAACAGACAUUUGUCAGCAGUGCCCAACACAUCAGUCUGUUCCUUCAUCACAUCCUGGUUAACAUUUGAAGAGAGACCUGUCAGUGCGUACAGACUGUGCACAGCGCCCCCUAUGGCUCACAAUGCUGCUGUUUUCCUGUAUCAGGGGCCUCAUCAGCCCCUCCCCCAAUCACAUGAAGCGCACCCUUAUACCUGCGUAGUCAGGAGUAUGUAAGUAUUACAUCUGUGCUCACAGACCAUAGUGAACCAGCUGACCUCAGUACUGAUGCAGUCCUGCUGCCAGAUCAUGGGUCUUUGCCCUGCUAAACCCACAUAAGCUUCAUACCAGGCUCAGUAUUUUGGACGUACAGGUCGCGUCCCAUCACCGGUUAGCUGCAUGAGUGACCCUGAUGCACCUUAAGCGUGUGUGUGUGUGUGUGUGUGUGUGUGUGUGUGUGUGCAUGGGGCCCUACCUGGGGUGUACACUGCCUUAUGCCCGGUGCAUGCUGGGAUGGGCUCCAGGACCAGAUCAGGUGUCAGUGGGCGUGUCCCCUUGUGCCCCGCCCCCACCAUCAGCGCGGAAGGAGGAGCGGCAUUAGUUACUGCUGAUUGUCCAUUCGAUGCAGUCGGUCCAGAAAGGCUCACAGAUCCCUCUCAUUCUGAAAGGAUGCAUUUGAUUUCUGCUUUAUGUGAACGAGUUGCAGCCAGUGAUCAGGGCUGGACUCAGAUACGGGAUUAAGGCGGAUGGAGUGAUGACUGACUCCGUGUUGCUCACUGAGCCAGAGUGAUUGGCGCCCUCUUGUGGUCAGCCCGGCUUUUUAUGUCAUCCUCACCAUAAGUGUGAGGCGAAAGAUGACGUGAAUUUGUUUGUGAGUUUCACGUUUUCGUGUUUUCCAUUUAAAAGUGGCAAAUGCUUUUUUGUUUACAGAAAAUGAUCUAAUUGGUGAAAUUAUACACGUAACAUGCCACUUUAUUUGUCAGCAAUGUCCAACACUGUCAGUGUUAAAAUAAAAUUUUAAGAAAA